GAGGUGAGACUCCCGCCCGUUCUUCACUGGUUUGUUUUUCAAGCCCUAAGUAAUCUAGCCCCCAGCCAAGAUGAAGCUUGUCAGGUUUCUGAUGAAGUUGAACAACGAGACCGUCUCGAUCGAGCUUAAGAACGGAACUGUUGUUCAUGGCACUAUCACAGGAGUGGAUAUUAGCAUGAAUACCCAUUUGAAGACUGUAAAACUGACACUGAAGGGAAAGAAUCCGGUAACGCUUGAUCACCUUAGUGUGCGGGGCAACAACAUCCGAUAUUAUAUCCUUCCAGACAGUUUAAACCUUGAAACUUUACUGGUGGAGGAGACACCUAGGGUCAAGCCCAAAAAGCCAACUGCUGGGAGACCUUUGGGACGUGGUCGGGGUCGUGGACGUGGCCGUGGACGUGGCAGGGGUCGCUAGUAGUAUUGCACUGACAAUUUUUGCUAGUAGUUAGCAGUCUCUCUUGUAGCUUAGAUUGUUAUUUGUCUGUUUUGAGUGGGAUUUGUCCAUCCGUGCAGAGGGUUUCACUGUAUUCAAUAUCCAAGAUGGAUGGGCUUCUGGUUUGACUUGCCUUAGAAAUACCAAGUAAUUGUUUUGGGAAAAA